AUGAGUGGUUUUAAGAAUGUGAUGAAGGAUGGCUGGCAUCCGAAGGGCAAAGAGGGAAAGAAAGAAAGUUGGCGUGGCGACUUCAAGGGAAUCAACCAAGUGGCUGGAUGGAUGGGUAAAGGGAAAGACUCAAGCUCCGAGGCUUCCGACCACAUAUCCCAACCAUUGUCGUCGCUGAAAGAUCCGUCGUCUUUUGGUCCACCACCCAAGCACAUCCAUUAUCACGGCGCCGCAGCUCUACCGAAUGAGACUACCCCCGAUCGCCGAGGACUUGGAGCUCCGUUGUCGCCGACCCAGAUCGCUGAGCAGAAUGCAUACCAUCAACAAGCGAUGGAGGAAGAAGAGGAGGCUGCUCAAAAGCCUCCAGCUCCGCCAAUCCCUUAUCGAGUGAACACGACCGGGCUGACUACGAACAAUCUCCCACCGCCUCCCGUACGGCGCCUCGAUUCACCGAGUUCGGCUUCCUCUGCUUCGGCUUCGGCUCCCGCACCGGCGAGUGCGAAGCUUAGACCGCAGCUUCCACCUCGAGUUCCUCCGCGAAAUCCUACAGCCGCUUCACAUACUCCUUCUCCGCCGCCGGCAUACAACGCUACGCCGCCUCCUGCAUCCCAAGGAUACAUCAAUCAAGAAGCGACAUCCCGCCUUGCCAACGCAGGCGUUUCGGUCCCGGGACUCGGGAUCGGCGAGGCGAAUGCUUCCUCCCCGGCUUCUUCGGGUGCCCAGGGUGCGAAUCUCAACGAACUACAGUCUCGGUUCUCACAGAUGCGGUCCAAUUUGGGCUCGCCGUCUACAGCGCCUCAGCCCCCGGCACGAACACCUAUCCCCAGCGGAAAUCGAGAGGACGCUCUUCCUCCCCCUCUAAGCUUCCGCGAACGUCACGCAGAUAAGAUUGAUAUGGGCAAAGAAAAAUGGGGUGGGGUGACGUCGCGAUUCAAUACCUUUGUGGAAGAUCGCAAGUUUUCGGCCAACGCGAACAAGAGGAUCCCUCGUCCUCCUGGUCCCAAUGCUCCCAGCACUAGCAGCGCCGCAAUAAAUCGCACUCCAACCGUGACUGAGAUGCCAACUCAAUCAACCGCGAACAGUACCCUGGAAGCUCAAGCCCAACGCAAGAAAGCACCUCCUCCCCCGCCUCCUAAGAGGGCCGACAUGCGUGCUGCUCCUGCAAAUUCUUCACCGACUUCAUCUGCACCGCCUACACCACCUCCCGUCCCUCUCAACACCAAACCCCGCUGA